UGCACCCAAAUUCUUUUUCCAUAACUCCACCUGCAUUUUGCAGGGGAGGUAAUUGUGUUGUCGCCGUUUUUAACCCUCACUAACAGGAAAAAGCUCUUCCGAAGAAUGACGGAAGGCGUAUUCACCAUCACAGCAACUGACAACGACAACAGCAGAGCUCAAGCGUCUAUAAUUUCCAAUUACAAUAUUGACACCCGCAAUGAUGUCGUCGAAACCCUGCAGCCUAACGGCGUCAUUAAUAACGGAGAGAGGCUCACCGAUGACGUAAUGAGGAAGACGAAGAAGAAGCCAGGUGUAUUUGGCUUGUUCAAAGCUGCAAUGUUCGUGUUGCGCCAUCGUACAAAAGGAAAGCAGAAAGCAGCUCAGGUAGCUGUGUCAUCCACCAAGGGAGAUUGGAAGAAGCUGGUGGGGUCCAUGCGGCCUCUGCAUCUCCAGGACAACAAUAGCCAGGCGGCGUACGACUACUGUGCCACCACAUCUUCACCCUCAGCUUUGUCGUGUAGCGGAACCAUGAGCCAGUACGCUUCGGCAAGCGAUCUCCAAGCAAUGGAUGUUCCUGCUGCUGGUGCACCCUCAAUUACUGACAGCAUGAGCCAGUACGCUUCAGCAAACGAUCUCCAAGCACUGGAGGCCUCAACUUCUUCUGGCACCAUGAGCCAGUAUGCUUCCGCAAACAAUCUCCAAGAACUCGAUGACGAGGAGGAAGAAGAGGAUCCAGACCAGGUCUUCGAUGCUAUUGGCGCUGACGACAUGAUCGAUGCCAAGGCCGAGGAGUUCAUCCUUCAGUUUUACCAACAGAUGAGGCGUCAAAACAUUGACUCAAUGAGCGGCCAAUUCAAUUAAUUAUUUAACUUAAUAAACACAAAGGGGAAAAAAAAAGAACAAGGUCAAGAAUAAGUAAGGCUAUACGUACGUGGAAUUUUUAGGCAUGCACGCCCGCGGUUGGCUCAUGAUGAUCGACGUGCAUGCAUUUUACAUAACAUUUAUUAGUCCAAUUAUACAUGUUAUAUGAAAGAGUUAGAUCGAAGAAUGGACUAAUAAACAAAGCAUUCAUCAUAAAAUUUCUUAUAUGUAUUCUAUUAUAUGCAGGCUAAAUAUAUGAAUUGCUAUACAAAGACAAGAGGAACGUAACAAGGCAUGACUAUUCUAUAGCCAGCCAUUAUUUAACCUCCUUUAAUUUCAUUUAUAUAUCUUGCUUUACUGGAAAAAUUUCUGUCUUAGGGUGUACUUUCAGUUAAGGCGUUAUAUAUUUGAUCACUAGUUGUAGACAUUUUUGCCUUGUCUUCA